UAGACCAAACUGAUAGCAGGUAAGGUAACAAUUACAUUAAAUGCACAUUUGGAAAUAUACUGAUUUCAGAGUUUUCCUGCAAAUCAAGACAGAUAACAUGAAUACCAGCCUGGAAAUCAAGCACCAAGAAAGUUUCAUCGAUUGGUGUCUAUUUUUCCUGAAACAUGAUGAUGUCUCUGCUAAGGUUAAAGAUACGAGUAUUGAAGACGUGGUCACCAAAUUGUGUCCUCCUGGAACUUUAGAGCAUCAGAAGGUCAAAGCAAUUUUUAAUUGGGUCUGUCACAACAUUGAAUAUGACCUGGAAGCCUUAAAAAAUACCAAGCUGAGAUCCACGGAUCCUGCAGAGAUAUUUAAGAGACGCAAAGGAGUUUGCUCUGGCUACUCGUGCCUUUUUGAAGAGAUGUGCAGAGUUGCCGGUUUGGAGUGUGUUCAGAUCAGUGGAGGUUGUGGAGAAAAUAAAAUCAAAGGGAAAUCCCGGCACAGCUGGAACGCAGUCCGCAUUAAUAAGGAGUGGAAACUUCUGGACCCCACCUGGGCGGCUGGCUAUGUCAACAGCGACCGGACAAAGUUUUUCUUUAAAUAUGAUGAGAAGUAUUUCCUUACCGACCCCAAAGUUUUCAUUGAGGAUCACUUUCCAGAUGACUCAAAGUGGACCCUGCUUCCAGAAACCUACCAAGUGGCCCGAGGAGCUUGAUGUGGUGGAACUAGAAGGAUAUACAUUAAGAUCAUUAGAAAAAAAGAAUCUGACCUUUUAAAAUGUGAUUAUAAAAUGACAAUUACAAAUUUCCUUCUCUGCUUGGCUGAAGACGACUCUGGUACAAAACCACUCAUUCAUCCGAUUAGUUUUAGUGCAUUUACUUUUUAUUCAUUCUUUUAUUAAUUUGCAAUUGAAACUAAUAAUUAAAAAAUAAACCAAAACAUUGUUUAAUGCUA